GGGCUCCCCUCUGUGCUCAGAGCCCUAAUUUUCUGUUCAGGACAGGCAGAAAAUAUGUGGACACCACCAUAACCCUCAGCCCUGAUCUAGGUACCGCCCCCACACUGGGUCUGCCUUCUAGAACCCCCUUUCCCCAGGAGGAGCUGGUGGGGAUUGGCUGGAACUUGGCUGUGAGUCACAAAGCCAUUGUGGCACCAGGGCCCCAAGGCUGGCCAUUCGGGCUGGUCGGUUCAGCUUCAGGGGCAGGUCAGAGCCAGCCCAGGGCAGUGUUGCUGCACGUUGCAUGAGAUGAAAGGCUGAAUGAAGGCUGCUUCCUCUUACAAGUUGGCUUCUGGGAUUGCACCUUCUCCUCCUGCUCCUUCGCCAACCCUAUGGCCCUUCAAGGCAGAGCUGACCUGCUCAAGAAGAAAGACAAUGCAGCAAGCAACACAGCCCCAGUUAUCACCCAAUGGGCAGAGCUUGUACCAGCCCCAGUCCGACCCCAAUCUCCAAGACAAAGCACGGACGCUGCGUCCAAAACCUCAGCAUGAGCCACUUGGUUCCAAGGAGAGCCUUCCGCAAGAUCUGGACAAGGACAAGAAGGUGACUCGUCACAUCCCACGCCUCCGGGCUGUGGUUGAGAGCCAGGCCUUCAAGAACAUCCUGGUAGAUGAAAUGGACAUGAUGCUGUCCCGUGCAGCCACCCUCAUCCAAGCCAACUGGAGAGGCUACCGGCUCCGGCAAAAGCUGAUCUCCCAGAUGAUGGCAGCCAAGGCCAUCCAGGAGGCCUGGCGACACUUCAACACCAAGCGUCUCCUCCGGUCUGGCAAGUCGGUGGAGAAAAAAGUGAGCGUGGAGGAGGGGGACAUCCCUUACCACCCCCCCCAGCAGGUGCGUUUCCAGCAUCCAGGAGAGAGCAAGUCCCCUCUGGCUCAGCCCAUCAUGGUGAGCAAAGAGACCCAGUUCCCUUCCUCCGACAGCCUGGCUGCCUGCACCCACCAGCUGGUCCUCCUGCAGACCCAGAGUACUCCACGGCCUGGCAUACGGGUCCCUUGUACCAUUGGAGGCCCCAACGUCACCUUCCUACCACACCAGACCGUUGCCAUCAGACUUCCGUGUCCAGUGAGUCUAGAUGCAAAGUGCUGCCCAUGCCUGCUGACAAGAACCGUCAGAAAUUCCUGCCUUGUCCAUGUAGAAGGGGACACAGUGAAGACCAAGCAAGGAACUGCCAGAGCCAGCAAGUCAGGAGUCUCCGGGCCACCACCACCUGUCAGGUAUGCCCCGGCAGUUCACGGAUCACUCAAGACCCAGACCCAGGACCACAUGGAAGCAGAGGUCUUCAAAGCCCCACCCCAGACAGGCCCAGCACCUGUGAUAACCAAGACCCCGCCCCAGCUGUGUGUAGUGCCCACGGGAACAGUAGCCAAGGCCCCACCCCAGAUGUACCCAGCGGCCCGGAUGACCAAGACCCCAACCCCGAUGUACCCAGCAGCCACGAUGACCAAGACCCCACUCCAGUCUUGCCUGGCAGCCAUGAUGAACAAGACCCCACCCCAGCCAUGCUCGACGCCCACGGCAACAAUAACCAAGACCCCACCCCAGAUGUACCAGGUAGGCCCGGUGGCCAAGGCCUCACCCCAGACAUGCCCGGUGGCUGCAGUGGCUAAGACUUCACCCCAGACAUCCCAGCCAGCCACAGUGACCAAGACCCCAUUACAGUCUUGCUUGGCAGCCAUGGGGAACAAGACCCCACCCCAGCCAUCCCCAGCAGCCCCGGUAUCCAAGACCCCAACCCAGAUGCGAGCAACAGCCUCGAUAACCAACCCUUCACCCCAGACACGACCGGCAGCCAUGAUGGCCAAGAUCUCACCACAGAUAUGCCUGUUAGCCUCAAUGAUCAAGCCCCCAACCCAGACACGCCCUGUGGCCGCAAUGACCAAGACUCCGCCCCAGACAUGCCCCGCGCCGGCGAUGGCCAAGACACCUCCCCAGACCCGUCUGGCGGCCAUGGUCACCAAAACCCCAGCCCAAUUCCGCUCGGUGGCUGCCAUCAUCAGGACCCUGUGCCUGCCACCUCCAACAGCUGGAAAUCUGAAGUCUUCACCUCCAGCAGCAGCGGCAGCCGGAGUUCCCAACACCUCAUCCCACACGUAUCUGAACGGACCAAAGGCCAAGGCUGUGGUGGAUGCAAAGCAGACAACAGGGAUGGUCAAGAUCUCAUCCCGCUCAUCCUUGCCUGAGGGAAAGGUCAAAUACUUUCCCCCACCACAUCUGGGGGCUGGGACUCCCAAGGCUCCAGCCAGGCCUCCUUUAGAAGCUGAAAAAAUCAAGACCUUCUCCCAGAAACAGGUGAAAACGGAAACAGUAUCCAACACCAGUUUGGCCGUUGAAACGCCCAGGGCUUCGCCAUGGACAAAAGUGACUGAGGACAGGAACAAGUCCUCAUUACAGACACACCUGAGGACCGAUGUCAUGAAGGUUCAAUCCCAGGUGUAUGUGCCUGUAGAAACAGCUGUGGUCCUACCCCGGGGCGAGCCGGCCACAUGUCCGGCCAAGGCCGCGGGAACAUGUCUGGCCAAAGCUCUGCCCCAGGAACGGCUGGCCACAUGUUCAAUCACAGCCUCGUCCCAGGGACAGCUGCUUGCUGAAUUGACCGCGACUCUGCCCCAGGCACAUCUGGGCCCAUGUCCGUCCAAGGCCCUGUCCCAGGCACGUCCAUCUGCCAAGCUGACCAAGACCCCAUCCUUUGCACAUCUGGGCACAUGUCUGACCAAAGCACAGUCCCAGGCACAUCUGGCCACAGGAGCAGUAAAGGUCCAAUCUCAAGCACAUCUGCCUACCGGGCUGACCAAGGUGCACUCCCAGGCCCAGCUGGUCACAGAAGCAGCCAAGUGCCUCUAUGGAACCCACCAACCUGCUGAGCUCAGCAGCAAGACCCAGUCGCAGCCGCUCUUGGCUGGGUUCAGGGCCUCCUCCCAGCCUUGUCAUCACGUUGGUGCCCUUGGCACUCUGCCCCGAGCCAAGCCAGAGGACAGACUGACCCAGAUCCAGCCCCACAGCCAUGCACAGGGCAAAGCCACCCAGGGCCCAUGCCAGGGGUCCUCCGAAACCCAGAGCAUGCUGAUGCCCCUGUCGGCAUCUCCCAGACACCCCACGUGCAACAUUGAAUCCUGGGGUGACAGUGGAGCUACCCGGGCCCAGCCGUCGAUGGCCGGCCCAGCCACACCCUGCCAGGAAGAGCCGGCAGCCUCCCAGCUCGCCUCCCUGUGUGCCGAGCUGGCCGCCGAGCUGGGCUCCCAGGAGGACCUCCGCGCCCUGCUGGCGAAAGCCCUCUCCCAGGGGCAAGUGAGGGCAGCCCUGAACCAGGCCCUGACAAAGAAAGUCCUGGGUGCCACGAUGACCAAGGCCCUGCCCCAGGGCAUGCUGGGCACAGCGCUGAUGAAAGUGCUGUCCUGGGGUGAGCUGGGCGUUGCCCUGUCCCGCACCCUGACCCCCACCGAGCUCCGGGCAAAACUCGCUAAGGCCAAGCAGGGCAAACUGGCGGGCGUGCUCAGCAAGGCGCUGACGGAGGAGGAGUGGGCAGCCCUGAGCCAGGCCCUGUGUCAGGGGGAGCUAGGCGCGGUCCUGAGCCAGUCUUUGUCUCAGGCAGCCCUGAGGACCGGAGUUGUCCUCCCCAAGGCCACCUCGCAAACAGCAGGAAGCAGGAUGACUGUGAUGCCGACCCCAGUGGAGGUGGGGAGCCCAUCAGCUGCGUGGGGGCCCACCCUAGGCCCCGUGAGACCACAGCCCAGCAAGGUCAGGGUUCCCCAGGAUGGGGCCUGGGAGGGCUUCUUCACAGGCAGGCCUGCCGGGUUCUUAGCAGAGAUGGGGGAUGGGGCCAUGCUCGGGGGGUCACCCUGCUCGUCGGUGGUCUCCAUGGGUGCCUCCCUAACUAGUAGAGUGAUCACCACUGUUCAUCAGUACCCCCUAAUUGCUGCCCUGGACCCCACUCUAUCACGGGAGAGGGGGCCCAGCAGGGACUCCUCCUCAAACCUGUAUCUGACUCCUGAGGUCAGUGAGAAAAAUGUGUGCCUCCCCCCAGCGGCCGGUGAAUUGGCAUCGGAUCUCAACCCCGUGGAGAGCGACAUGGACCCCGAUUUGCCCAGGCCACCCCUCCUGCAGCUGCCCCCCAGUCUGUGGCAGCCGCUCGUUGCCAACGGUGUGGGCCCAAGCACCAGCCAGCCGUCAGUGGCCGGUGGCACAGCCCAGAGCUCCCAUAAGCCACAUGUCAGCAGGGUGGCCCCACAUCCGUGGGCCUCGUCGAGGGAGGGCAGGGUGGCCCCGGCUAUGCCUCCCUGCACUGUGGGUGGCGGGAAGGCCUCCCACUCCCACCAGUGUGUCGCUGCCUAUGGGGGAUCUGUUUGUUGGUGUCGGCCCUCCGGGGUCAACAAGGUGCCCCUCGGCGUAUACCGGUCAUCAGCUACCAAAGUUCCACGACAGCCAUCUGUGGUCCGUGAGGACGCCGUGCAGAAAACUCAGUCCUCAAAUCACAAACGGGCCUCCCCAGACCCUAGGGAGAGAAUCGGCAAGGUGACCUCAGGUCCACGGAGGGCUGCCGCUGUGAGCAAAGCACCCCUAGCCCAACCACAGACUCCCAAGGCCUGUGACAUAAGCCUAGGUCUCUUGCCUGGCUCCGCGGCUCCCGGUCAUCGCUGGGCACUCAAGACUCAGGUAGAUCCCAGUGUGUUCCAAGUGUCCCCAGGCAGUAGGUUGGCACACCCCCUGCCCGGUACAGCCAUCCCUCGGCAGGAGAGGAAGCGGACCGAGGGUACCAUUUCCAGUGGGCACUGCCCACGGGAGCAAGUGACUGGCCGUAUACUCAAUGAACUGGUGGCCAGUUUGCCACAGGGUCUGGACAAUGACCUGUCCGGAAGCCUGUCCCCAGACUCCACAGACUGUGGCCCGAAUGUGAGUAAUUCCCAGAGCUCAUUGCCCAGCUGUAGUUCACUCAGCCUUUCCACCACGUCUGUGGCCAGUCUGACUGCUAUCGACCUGGCGGAGGAGGCGUCCUUGGAGGCCAGCUUGGAUAGGGACAUCCGGGUAGAUGCCCUCCUCUCUGGAGAGGCCGAGGGGGGGCCUCAGGGGCCUGGAGACAGGGAAGAAACUAGGGAGGUGAGCUGGCCACACACGACUCCAAACCUCCACCACCCUCCCUCUGCGAGUUCAGAGCCAAUGCCCAUUCUGCACCACAGCUCGGUGUCCGGUCAUGUGACCUUGAGUGUCCACUGGGGCUUGGAUGAUCCGGAUGAGAGGGAUGUGUCUUCAGGCCAAAGCUCCAUGGAUCUGAAGAAGAGCUUGUCCCAGAAAUCCUAUAGAACAGGACUGACCAGGAGUGUGUCUUUGGGUAAUGUGGCCCCUACUGUGUAUCAGCAGCCCUCUGGGGCCAGUAGAUUAACCUCAAGCCUCUCCCUGCCAUCAGUAGCAGAUAACAUGGCUCCAAACCCGCAACAGCCAUUUAUAGUCAGUAGGGUCACCCCCAGCCUAUCUGAAUCGUCUAUGACUACUAAGGUCACCCCCAGCCUAGCCCAGCCAUCUGUGACAGGUGGGGUGGCCCCCAACAUGGACCAGGCAUCUGUGGCCAGUAGGGUGACUCCCAAUCUAGCCCAGCCAUCUGUGACAGGUGGGGUGGCCCCCAACAUAGACCAGGCAUCUGUGACUGGUAAGGUGGCUCCCAGCCUAGCCCAGCCAUCUGGGACCAGUGGGGUGGCUCCCAAUUUAGCCCACGCGUCUGUGACCAGUAGCGUGGCCCCCAGCCUAGCUCAGCCGUCUGUGACCGGUGGGGUGGCCCCCAACUUAGCCCAGCCAUCUAUAACCGGUAGGGUGGCCCCCAGCCUAGCCCAGCCAUCUGUGACCAGUGGGGUGGCCUCUAGCCUAGCCCAGCCAUCUAUGACUGCUGGGGUGGCCCCCAGCCUAGCCCAGCCAUCUGUGACUGGUGGGACAGCUCCCAACUUAGCCCAGGCAUCUGUGACCGGUAACGUGGCCCCCAGCCUAGCCCAGCCAUCUAUUACUAGUGGGGUGGCCCUCAACCUAGCCCACCCAUCUGUGACUGGUGCCGUGGCCCCCAAACUAGCCCAGCCAUCUGUGACUGGUAGGGUGGCCCCCAUACUAGCCCAGCUAUCUGUGACUAGUGGGACAGCUCCCAACUUAGCCCAGGCAUCAGUGAUCAGUGUCAUGGCCCCCAGCCUGGCCCAGUCAUCUGUGACUAGUGUGGUGGCCCCCAACCUAGCCUGGCCAUCUUUGACUAGUGUGGUAGCCCCCAACCUAGCCCAGGCAUCCAUGACCGGUGGGGUGGCCCCCAACCUAGCCUGGCCAUCUGUGACUAGUGUGGUGGCCCCCAUCCUAGCCCGGCCAUCCGUGACUGGUGGGGUGGCCCCCAGCCUAGCCCAGCCACCUGUGACCAGUGGGGUGGCUCCCAACCUAGCCCAGCCAUCUAUAACUAGUGUGGUAGCCCCCAGCAUAGCCCAGCCAUCUAUGACUAGUGGGGUGGCUCCCAAUCUAGCCCAACUAUCUGUGACUGGUGCCAUGGCCCCCAACCUAGCCCAGCCAUCUAUGACUGGUAGGGUGGUCCCCAGACUAGCCCAGCCAUCUGUGACCAGUGGAGUGGCCCCAAAUCUAGCCGAGGCAUCAGUGAUCAGUGGGGUGGCUGCCAGCCUAGCCAAGCCAUCUGUGACCAGUGGGGUGUCCCCCAACCUAGCCCAGCCAUCUAUGACUAGUGCCAUGGCCUCCAAUCUAGCCUGGUCAUCUGUGACUAGUAUGGUGGCCCCCAACCUAGCCCAGGCAUCUUUGACCAGUGGGGUGGCCCCCAGCCUAGCCCAGCCAUCUAUGACUGGUAGGGUGGCCCCCAGCCUAGCCCAGCCACCUGUGACCAGUGUGGUGACCUCCAGCCUAGCCCAGCCAUCUGUGACUGGUAGGGUGGCCCCCAACCUAGCCCAGCCAUCUAUGACUAGUGUGAUGGCCCCCAGCUUAGCCCAGACAUCUGUGACCAGUGGAGUGGCCCCCAACCUAGCCCAGCCACCUGUGACCAGUGUGGUGACCUCCAGCCUAGCCCAGCCAUCUGUGACCAGUGGGAUGGCCCCCAACCUAAUGCAGGCAUCUGUGACCAGUAGGGUGGUCCCCAACCUAACACAGCUACCUGUGACUGGUGGGAUGGCCCCCAGCCUAGCCUGGCCAUCUGUGACCAGUGGGAUGGUCCCCAACCUAAUGCAAGCAUCUGUGACCGGUAGAGUGGCCCCCAGCCUAACACCGCUACCUAUGACUGGUGGGGUGGCCCCCAGCCUAGCCCAGCCAUCUGUGACCAGUGGGGUGGCCCCCAGCCUAGCCCAGGCACCUGUGGCCAGUUGGGAGCCCCUCAGCCUAUUCCAACCAUCUGUAAUGAGUGGUACUAGCUGUGCAAUUGGUCAGUCAAGUCGGCCCCCUAAAGUGGGUUCAAAUCUACCAUCAUCAAGGGUGAAUGCCGUGGCCCCGAGUCGGCGUCAUCCAUCGGUUGUGACUGAAGUCCCCCUGAGUGCAUCAUAUCCAUCUGGGACCAGCAGCAUGGGUCAAGGUCUGAGCCAGCCAUCUGUGACCCCUGGGGUGGACCCAUGUCAAGAUCCUGUAAUGGUUAGUGGGGUGGCCUCAUACCCCCAGGCCCCUGAGUUCAGUGAGGUGUCCCUUGAAUUUCAUCAGCCUUUCAGUGUCAGGGGAAGGUGCCCAAGUAGGACUGCACAUUCUGCUGUUGCCCUUUCAGCCCCAAACCUCUACCAGGUGCCUGUGGCUAGUGGAGAGGACUCUUGUCUAGACCAGGGAACCGGUAUAUGUCCGGGGGCUCUGUUCAGGGGCAUGGCUACCAGCAUGUCCCCAGGUGCUAUGGCUGCCGGCAUGUUCCCAAAUAUGUCUCAGGGGACCCUGGCUGCUGGUAUGUUCCUAAGUGUGUGUCCGGGACCUGUGUGCCCAGGCAUCGCAGGGAGUGUGUGCCAGAGAAGUGUGGUAACUGGUGUGGGCCCAGACCAGUUUCAGGUGGCCGGUGGGACGACCCCCACUGCAUCCCCAGGCUCUGUGGCAGGUGUCCCUUUGGUUCGUGAACAAGCCUCAGAGGCGGGUCCUGGUUUCUCCCAGGCUUCAGUGCCCAACAGAUGGGGUAGGAGUCCAUUCAAGUUUUCCCAGGCCAGCGUGGCCCCCAAUAUGUCUCCGGUCAAUGUCGAUCUCCCAACACCUUUGAACCACCAGAAUCCUUCUGUGUCCACAAUUGUGGCACCAGGUUACCAACAAGCAAAUGUUGUCAGCCAGGAGCCUGUGAUGGGCACAGACAGUGGCCUGGUGCCAGGUUCUGUAGCCAAUAGGAUGGCCACAGCUAUGGCCCCAGGUGCUGUGGCCAGUGGUGUGGCCCCCAGCCUUCCUCCUGGGUCUGUGAUCAGAGGUGUGGGCCAAAGCCUGCCUCCGGGGCCCGUGAUCAGUGACGUGCCUCCCCACCUUCCACCAGGUUAUGUGGUCAGUGGUGUAGCUCAAACCCUUCCCCCAGGGUCUGUGAUCUAUGGUAUCAGCCAUAGCCUUCCCCCAGGAUCCGUGAUCAGGGGCAUGGGCCAGGGUCUUCCUCCAGAUCCUAUGGCCAGUGCUGUGGCCCAGAGCUUUCCUCUGGGUUCUGUGGCCAGUGGCAUGACCAGGUCCCUGUGUCCAGGUUCUGUGGCCCCCAGUCUGAUUGCAGCGUCUGGGGCUGGUGGGAUGGGGCAAAGCCUCCCUGUAAGAUGUGCAGUUAGUUUCACUGCUCCGAGCCUUGUCCUAGGUUCAGUGGCGAGUGAGGUGGCCCCAAAUGUCUCCCCUGAGUCUGUGGCCUCUAUUAUGGUUCCAGCAUCUAUGGCUGGGGGACUGAAUGGGGGCCUGGUUCUGGGGUCCAGGGCUAGCGCAGCUGGCCUGACCCCCACAGUCGGAAAUGUGGCCCAGAGCCUUCCCCAGGGGUCCAUGCUGAUCGGGAUCACUCCCCGUCCUUACUAUGGAUCUCUGGCUGGGGAAGGGUCUAUAGCCCCCUUCCAAGCAUCCCGUGCCAUUGGCCUGGGUCAACUUCAUCCCUGGGCUGGGGAAGCUAGUGGCACAACCUGGAGGGUGCACCAAAGGCCCACGGUUCUACAAAGAUCCUCACAGUUGAGCCACGCUCUUGGGAUGAUGCCAUUUGAGACCACAGAUGACCAGGUCAUGAUGAAGCCAGAGGACCUGGAGAAGGCUCUGUCCCAGGCGUCCGAAUCCAGUGGGGAGUCCAUAGUCCUCGAGGAAACCCCGUGGAUGCCCCAUAGCCUCCCGUCAACUGACAUCAAUCACAGCCUCCAGGUCCUUCCCAACGGUCAAAAGCCAUUGUUGGAGGAGGUGGUUCCCAGUGAAACCAAGUCGCUGACCAGUGGCAUGGCCCCUGUCCCUCCCCAGUCCCUGAGUAUUGCCAAGCACUGGAGGGCAGGGGGCGUCACUGCAGCUCUGCAGCAGGGGUCAGCAACCACUUGGGGGGCCCCCAAUUCCCACUUUGUGACAACUAGCAGGGUCCCCAGUGGGCACAUGGAGUCUGUCAGAGCUACUGGGGCCCCUUUGGCUCAUCAACGGGCAACAGCGGCUCAUGGGUCCCAGAGCCCCUCAGUGGCUCUCAUUGUGCCUCAGAACCCCUUGGUGGAUCACGUGCCCCAGAACCACGCCCACGAGGCGGGGGCUUCUACCAUAGUCGCAGGGUCACCCAAGCUGGCCCAUGGCAGCACUAUAACAUCCAGUUUGCACCCAGGGUCGGUAGCUGGGAUGGGGACCCCCAGGACUUCCCAGAGGUCAGGGGCCGCCACGGUGGCCUCACAUGUGCCGCUUUAUCUGCCCAGGGUGAGUGGGGUGGCAUCUGGUGGGUUCCAUACAGAAGCUGUCCCCAGAACACACGAGAAGCCGGCAUCUGGGGAUCCGGCUCAGACCAGCCACAAGUUUCUUGGCUCUAGAAAAUCCUAUAGGUCCGUGCCUGGUAGUCUUGUGUCGGAAAUGCUAGAUGAUAAGGUAGCCAGGAUCGUGCCCUCACGUGACGUGCGAGAGCAGGCCCACAGGUCCUCACGGCAAAGUCCCGAACGCCUCCCGGCUACACCACCAGCCAUAACACCAAUCACACGUACUGAGGCGACACAAGACAUGGGCAUCGCUGGGCUGCACCCAGAGUUUCGGAGGGUGUCUCUGGGCUAUGAGUCUUCACCUGGCGGUUCCCGGAGGCCCCUUUUAACCCAGGAGCCAACAUGGGGGUCUCGGGAUUUCCAGAGCGCUGUGGCUCCUACAGACAGCCCUAGGGCACUCCUGACUCCCGCUGUACUCCAGGGCCCCGCGGACGCCGUCAGAGCUGGUGGCCAAGCGCGGAACUCUGCCGUCCCCAGUGGAGCCGUCGGGCCCGUGGACGGCGCAGUGACCCCUGGUGGCCCGUGGGAGCCGGCCAGGGCUUCUGUGCCGGGGGACACUGUGGGCAGAGAGGCAGCGGUGAAUCCCAGGCAGCCGGGGAAGCUGAUGACAUCGAUGCAGGCCGUGGAGAAGAUAAUCAUCCGCGCUGUGGUCGUUAUCCAGGCGUGCACACGUGGCUACCUGGCACGCCGCGCCAUCAAAGCGUGGCACCAGUGGGCCGUCAUCAUCCAGGCCGCCUGGCGUGGGUACCAAGUGCGGCGGGACCUGGCCCAGCUCUCCAGAGCUGCCACCGUCAUCCAAGCCGUGUGGCGGGGCUUCUGUAUCCGCCGGGGCCAAACCCCGCCAGCGUUGCUCCAGGGCGUGUGGGCCGAGAUGGGCGGCAGGACCCGGUCGACCUCUGACCACCGCUGCUUCCAGUCCUGCCAGCCGCACGUCUGCCCCCUCUGCCAGUCCCUGAGUCCCAGGGCGGGGAGCCCGCCCAGUGUGGUGAUGCUCGUGGGUUCCAGCCCCCGCACGUGCCACACGUGUGGCCACACCCUGCCUACUCGGGUGGUGCACGGCAUGGGCCGGGGCGCCAGAGUCCAGGCAGGCGUCCCAUGGGGCUCUGGCACCCAGACAACCCCCGGGAGCCCCCGGCAGUCCCGUCGCCAGAAUAAGGCAGCCGCGACCAUCCAGUCCGCGUGGAGGGGCUUCAGCGCACGCCGCCAGCUGAGGCAGCAGCAGGCGGCAACCAAGACGCUUCAAGCCACCUGGCGCGGCCAUCACACUCGGGCCACCCUCACCACAGAUGCGCUCUUGGGACCAGCAGCAUGGGACGAUCCGCAGUAUAUGCAGUGGCCCGGUGUCUAGGACAUUGGCUGACUGGUGGGGGGACACCAGGAGAGGGGCAAUGUGGCUCUUAGGGUCUAGUGAAUAAAGCCCUCCACAGCCUGA